CCCCGUCGGCGUCAGGGUCUCGUCCCCUUCUCUCUGUCUUCUACUCCCCCAUCACUUGCCCAGGCACUGGCACCCCAUUACUCCAGUUUCCCCGGUUUCAGCUUUGGUCUCCAGCCCCAGACACCCGAGGAUUUGCCUGAAGGCCACCCCCAACUCUGCACCUGCCCACUGAGGGCCACCAAGGAUCAUGACUAAGACAGAUCCCGCCCCGAUGGCCCCACCGCUCAGGGCGGAGGGAGAAGAGGAGGAGGAGGAGGAGGAGCCUGUCCCAGAGCCCCCCAGCCCCACCCAGGAGCGCCGGCAGAAGCCUGUUGUGCACCCCUCGGCACCUGCCCCCCUCCCCAAGGACUACGCCUUCACCUUCUUCGACCCCAACGACCCUGCCUGCCAGGAGAUUCUGUUUGACCCGCAGACCACCAUCCCUGAGCUGUUCGCCAUUGUGCGCCAGUGGGUGCCCCAAGUCCAGCACAAGAUUGAUGUCAUUGGCAAUGAGAUUCUGCGUCGAGGCUGCCAUGUGAACGAUCGUGAUGGGCUGACCGACAUGACACUGCUCCAUUAUGCGUGCAAGGCGGGGGCCCACGGAGUCGGGGACCCCGCGGCGGCUGUACGCCUCUCGCAGCAGCUGCUGGCACUGGGCGCAGACGUGACCCUGCGCAGCCGCUGGACCAACAUGAACGCGCUUCACUACGCGGCCUAUUUUGACGUGCCGGAUCUCGUGCGCGUGCUACUGAAGGGUGCACGGCCCCGAGUGGUGAACUCCACGUGCAGUGACUUCAACCAUGGCUCAGCCCUGCACAUCGCUGCCUCCAACCUGUGCCUGGGCGCGGCCAAAUGUUUGCUGGAACACGGUGCCAACCCGGCGCUUCGGAACCGAAAGGGACAGGUGCCAGCGGAGGUGGUCCCAGACCCCAUGGACAUGUCCCUGGACAAGGCAGAGGCGGCGCUCGUGGCCAAGGAGCUGCGGACGCUACUGGAGGAGGCUGUGCCGCUCUCCUGCGCCCUCCCCAAGGUUACGCUACCCAACUAUGACAAUGUCCCAGGCAAUCUCAUGCUCAGUGCACUGGGCCUGCGCCUGGGAGACCGCGUGCUACUGGAUGGCCAGAAGACGGGCACGCUGCGGUUCUGCGGGACCACGGAGUUCGCCAGCGGACAGUGGGUGGGCGUGGAACUGGAUGAACCUGAGGGCAAGAACGAUGGCAGUGUUGGGGGUGUCCGGUACUUCAUCUGCCCUCCCAAGCAGGGUCUCUUUGCCUCUGUGUCCAAGAUCUCCAAGGCAGUGGAUGCACCUCCCUCAUCUGUCACCUCCACACCUCGGACUCCCCGGAUGGACUUCUCCCGUGUCACAGGCAAAGGCCGCAGGGAACACAAAGGUAAGAAGAAGCCCCCAUCAUCCCCGUCUCUGGGCAGCCUGCAGCAGCGUGAAGGAGCUAAGGCUGAGGUUGGAGACCAAGUCCUCGUCGCAGGCCAGAAGCAAGGGAUCGUGCGUUUCUAUGGGAAGACAGACUUUGCCCCAGGUUACUGGUACGGCAUAGAGCUAGACCAGCCCACUGGCAAACACGAUGGCUCUGUCUUUGGUGUCCGGUACUUCACCUGCCCCCCACGGCAUGGAGUCUUUGCACCAGCAUCUCGAAUUCAGAGGAUUGGUGGAUCCACUGACCCCCCUGGGGAUAAUGUUGGAGCCAAAAAAGUACAUCAAGUGACAAUGACGCAGCCCAAACGCACCUUCACAACAGUCCGGACCCCAAAGGACAUCGCAUCAGAGAACUCCAUCUCCAGGUUGCUCUUCUGUUGCUGGUUUCCCUGGAUGCUGAGGGCGGAGAUGCAGUCUUAGAGGCUCUGGACAUCUGAGAGAGACACAGAGCCUCCUCUAGCAUCUCCUGACACAAGGAGCCCCCGAGUCACCCUGAGAUAGAGAUUCCCAGUAACACAUCCAGAAUAGAGACCCCCAUUAGUCAGCCCUCGAUCACUGAGGCCCCAUUAUUAACAGAUUCCCUCAUGAUAACCCCCCAAAUACAGACCCUAUGUUACCCAGAAAGAGAUUCCCUAAGUGUAGUACCUUCAGGCUAGUCCCAACCCCUCAGAGGAGACCCCCCCAAUAACAGAUUUCCACAUCACCCCAAAUGACGGUGACUUUCUCUACAUAAUGCUCCACAGCAGAACAUUCCUGAGUCACUAGUCACUGGAUCAGAACCCUUCCCUGUUAACAAAGACGCCCCCCCCACCAUCAAGUCCCCUUGAAAGAAACACCUCCAAAGCAAGAGUAACAAACCCACAUUUAAUAUCAGUCCCCUCAAGAUGUUGUGACCCCCGUGGUCACCCCAAACCCCCUACACUGCAAUCAGAGACUCCCUCCAUUAACGAACCCCCCUGCUCUUACCCCUCAAGAAGAGACCCACAUUAACCAGCCUACUGUCACCCCCAAUUUACAGAUACCAAAACAGUACUGGAAGUGCUAAUUACAGGACCCCCAAGUCUUCCUAUCCUCUGCACCCUCAAGAAACCCCCAGUGCCUUGUACGAAGCCCACCCCAUGCGGCCCACAGCACCUGUGCUGGCCAGGCUCCCAGAAAAUUCUCUAUUUUUAAAGUAAUUAUUUCCCCCUUUGGGGGGACUCCAAAAUUUGGAGGUCCCAUUGUGGGACUC